AUGAUGCUGAAAGUGGGGGUCCAAGAGAUCCCACAAGCCUCAAUCUGGCAACGACUCGAACAGCUUACGUGCAAUCCUGGUUUCGAUCAGAAGCUGCAUCAGCUGAUUGACUCGUUUCUCCUCACCACUCAUCCGCUUGCGGACAAGCAGAGGAGACAAUACCCCCGCGAGAUCAUGGACUUCAUCGACCGAUAUAGGGUGAUGUCCGCUCUCGCCUUUUCCCGAGUGGCAACGUUGUCUGGCGAAACCGCAGGUGCCCGCGAGAAAAUGAAUCUUGCGAUGUCGCUGGUACGCCACUGUAUGCACUUCCAAGUGCAGAAUUUCAAGGGAACUCGUGAGACGUUGAGCAACGAUACGUUCCGUCUCAUGGGAGCAAGUUACAUCCCGUCGCCUCUUGCGAGCUGGAACCGAAAUCUCAUUGGGUACAGCAGCUCAACUGCUGAACAGCGAUGGCUGAGGACCGAUACAAGCAUCAAGCACAAUGACCUCACCAAGCUGCCGCCCAUCGAGAUAUCCAGGGAUGCAGUUAAUCAGGCUGAGGCUGCGAAGUUCUUUAAGGGAUUUCUGCAGCUCCGGCCGACGCUGUCCUUCCUCCCUGGCUCAUUCCUGGCGAUCAAAGCCCUUAACCGAUUCCCUACGCUUGACUCUCUGAAGGAGCAGGCGACUCACCUCGAAGGUGAGCGUAAGGAACACGGCUACGAUCUCCCUGCCGUGGAUGCGAGCGGGAUCGGGGAAGUGGCUGCAUUCCGUCAUGAGGCUGAUGACGAGAACGCCCCGCUGAUGAACGGGUGGAUCUCGUUCAUGAAGGCGUUGGUUGAGACCUAUCCCGGACGAUGCGUCAGCAUCGACGAUACGCUCAACUGGGGAGCCAGCACCCCGAUGACCUAUGAGGAUGGUGCUUCGCAGGUCGUUAUCCGCCCGACUGACGGAUGGGUCUAUGUCCCCGCGAUCAACUCGGACAUUUAUGAUCCCCAGGAGACGUAUCUCCACGGCACGAUUCUCCGAUACCUCUGGUCGAUUCUUGCGCACGGAGGGUUGUUCGGUGAAGAUUAUGUGACGGACGACCGCGGAAGUCACGAGCCCUGUGUUUGGGUUACCGGCGCCGCCGCCGAGGCUGCUAGCAGCUACGCCUCCGGCGUGUACCUCGGCGGAGGAUACUGGUUUCAGGUGAUGAUCUGCGUCUCCCGUACGAUGGUGAACACCCACGGCCGUACGACAAAGAAGCUGGGGGGGAUCCCAGAAGCAGAUCCGCCCUUCCGACUCCUGGAUGACCGUGAGCAAGGGGUCUCCACCUCGCCACACUACGUUAUCCACGGACACCGAUUUCUCAGUGCCGAUGGGACGAAAGCCGUGGCAUGGCACCCGUGGAUGGAGGCGAGCCCAAUCGAUCCACGCAAUCUGAGAUUGCUGGGACAUGUCGUCGCCAACGAUGAUGUCGAGUUUGCCGACCUUACGAUUCAGGGAGGCAGCACUACCCAACAGGUUGCCUCUACCGAGACAGAGCAACCUGGCUCAGCCGGGGCUGAUGAUCAGGCCGCGGCAGGUGGUGGUGAGACGACGGAGCGAAUCACUGUCAACCCAUCAGUGCUUCGACGCAACCACUGGAUGCCUGACUCCUAUGGAACAAGCGAGACGGCUAACGUAGCUGGACGGUAUGCAUUGAUAUCCGAGCUUCAGUCCUCAUGCUACCGAAUCGAGCUUGCCCCAUUCUUCCAGUUGCGUGCACCCAGGGCAACACCGGCGAGUAGUCAGGGUGAUGGCGCAGCGGACAACGAUUUCCCGUCCACUGAGCCUACUGGCGGUGCGUCAGAGCGUGCAAAGACGCCGCCUCCGCCACCUGAGAGUCCUCCUCCUCCGCCGCAAACGAAUGCACCUCCGAGGGCGUCCGAGGAGAGUGCAAAGGAGGAUGAUGGUGAUGACGAAAUGGAGGAUGACACGGUCGAUCAGAAGCCAGAGCAGAAACCCGAGGAGGACGCUGAUAUGGGUAGCGGAAAGGAGCUGCAAGACGAGGUCCCCGGCAAGGGAGCCGUGCUCUCCGGCGCUCGAGGGCCGGAUGUCGAUAUCGGCCCGGCCAGUACCGCAGCCGAUCAGGCGGCAAACGAUCCGAGAAAUUGUCGGAUCGAGGGCCCUGGUAUCAAGGCGACAACGAUUCAUCGCCCUGACCAGAUGCCUGAAAGGGGUAUUGACUCCAUUGCGCCGAUCGUGCAGUACGAAAUGACGUCCGUCCCGAUUGCACUGCCGGACUUCGUCGUUCCAGGACUUGACAUGGGCAUCGAUGACUCCGUCCAUGGACGACUGGUCUCCGCGACCUGUCUGCCACCGACUGACGAGCAGCGCAAGUUUUCGAGGCGCCGUUUCGCCAUGAUUUCUUCGAGUCAGACGGGGUACUUGAACGAGGCACUUCACAAGAAGCCCGAGAAGGGGGAUCACAAUUCCUUCCUCCGACCGGAGUCUUAUGAGGAUUGCCGCGAAAUUCACAGCGCUGUUAGGGCAUACAAUGCCAAGGAUGCAAAGUACCGAUCCAUUGGCGGAACGUCUGUGUCAUGCAGCCGAUUGCUUAUCGAUGACGCACAGAACAUCCCUCCAGCAACGAUUCCGGACGCAGGGGUGAUCAAUCUGGUGCGAAAGCUGCUGUUCCGAGUGCUGACGCAGACGAAGGAAUAUCCCGCCGCCACUGGCGAUCGGUCGCAGAGCCGUCCCCAGGAUCAGGAGAGGGGCGUUCCCUUGUACUCACACUUCGAUCAAAGUGGGAUCAUCGCGUUCGGUAUCAUUCCGAUGUACAUGGAGCGCGAGAGAGAGUACAUGAAGGCCAACGCCGGGGAGACUAGUGGUCGGAUUCUUCUCCAGACGAACAUCCUGGAUGAGAACGAUGAGCCGACCGAGCUCACUCUUCGAUGCAUUAUGGAGCUUGCCCGGACGGACAACAACCGAAUGUUUGAGUUCUUCUACUCGACGAUCAACGGAGAUGGAAGUCCUCAGUUUGUUGGCAUCCGAGCAACCUACGGUUUCGGUCCCGAUAACUUCAACCGAUUCCGAUUGCUGACAAAGUGCCAGCACGGGCCGUUCAUUCAGCUCGCCCAGGAUCAGUACGUCGCCGGCGAGAGGAGAAGGAACGUGGCCCGACAUCACCCUCAGUAUGGAUGGGGAUGCGCAACGAUUCGCGAGUUCUUCGGGUUCAUGAGUGAUUGCAAGAUCAAUCCCCCGAGGGGACAGCUGUUCCUCACCCUACUCCCGUACGCUCCCGGAUCUGGGAUGAACAACGAGUGGGAAGAGGUGUAUAUGAGUGUCCGAACGAACCCGAAGCGUGAGACGCUAUCGAAUACCGCGUCCUCACAGUCCAUGCUCCCUGAAGGAUUGGGAUCCAACCGCAUGAUCGUAUUUGCAAUUGAUUUGCACAUGAUCGCGGCGGGUAUCAAUCCGAUUGCCUUCCAUCCGAGAGGGUACUACGCGAUCAAGGACAGUAUCCCUCUUGCAUGUAUGCCGAUCGCAUACUUCAUGGACACGGGAACUCUGGUGUUCAACACGGCAUUCAAGUACAUCGGAGGUCCGAAGUUUGGCACUGGUCCCGAGCGAGGAAACCACAGACGAGAAUCGUGGCCGCUCGCUAGCUUCGACUGUCCCAUGUGCGGAGCCUCAUUCCCGGUUGGUCUCCACAUGUGCCACUCUUGCACUAAGCCGAUUCACUAUCCUGAUGGGAUGUUCUACGCCGAUCCUGUAAACCCAUUUCAGGUCGAGUAUUACGGAUCUCAUGCUGAUUGGCUCAACGAUCUUAUCGAGCGAAACAAGCUUACGGAGUUCCAACUCCACGAGUAUCCUGCGAUCAAGAAUCUGAGGAACUUUCCGGUGUCUGGGUCUGUCUCCGAGGACCACAGGCAGACUGCGUUCUUCGGGGUGCCGCCGAUUAAGUGCAUUGCAGUCGAUACAACGCCUGCUGAGGUGGAACUGUUCAAGAAGAGUGUGCGCGGAACGAUUCAAGGCGCCAUUCGAUUGGACAUCGAGAGGCUUGUUGCCGGGAUCACUGGCAAGGAGGCUCGAAUGGGCGUGGAGGAUUUCUUCUCUUCGCAAUCGAUCGCCUGUGCAGUUACGAUUGUCAAGCACGUUGGAGCGGUAUUCGCCACGUGUCGCGAGAAGCCUCUGUGCUACUAUGCACGAUGGUCGAUCCAUUGCCAACGCGCUUACCGAGUCUGUCUGUCGCGCGGAUACCUUUCCCCGUUUUACACAGCGGGGACGCUCGAGUGCUGUGUCGAUACAAACAUGCUCGAGAAGAUCCGACUGGCGCAUCUGCCCCUGCAGAAUGCCAAUUUGACAAUGAGAAGGCAAAUUCGACUCUCGACCGAGUUUGAUACAUUGGAUGAGUUCCGUGCCACUAUCACGGAUACGCAAAAGUAUCAACGAUACAUGCGGGUCGACAGUGAGAGUCUUUCCGCGCUCCUGGCCAAGGUUACCCUCACCACGUGCUACGGCAUUCCGAUAAAGGGAGAGCCUGGGUAA